AUGCUCGCCGGUGGCAUUGAUGGAGUCGUCCUGGUCUGCGCACUGGCAGCAUUUGCAGUUGCCCAGAAGGAUAUAGGUGUGCGUGGAGGCGCGCUCUCCAGCUCGCUGCGAUUCGAUGGCCCCGUCCUUCACGAGGGCUUACUGGGUGGCAUGAUGAGCCUGGACUGUGCCGUGAGUGAAGAGGCUCAACAAUUCCUCGCCAAGAAAGUCCGCAGCGGUCACGCUGCUGGAGCUAGCAGCCUCAGGUGGGUGCAUCGGAACUGGGACCAAGUCAUCGAUCCCUGGGGUGGGGACGGUCGCAGAAGUUAUCUGGCAACCAAGCCCUCGGAAGAGGUGGAGGGGACGCAGGAAACGGACGGCCGGUACUCGAGGCCAUCCCCAAGCCUGAUGGGAACCAGUCUUCGCAUUAUCGGCCUCAACCCAACCGACACGGGAGUUUAUGCCUGCGUUUAUAUGAAUUUCAACGCCUCUAACAGUUUGCGAAUCGACCUAAGAGAGACUAGACUCGUCAGUAUACAUGCUCUUCGGGUUACAGAGAGGAAGCGAAGCGAGGGGACCCAGGGUAACACAACGAGUGCAGAGGAGGAAAGGGGAAGUUUUUUCGACGCCUGGACGUGGCACCUCUACAAGUUCACUGACAGCCAACCUGAUGAAGUUGUCUUCCAGGGUAAUCCUGUUAAAGACCUGAGCGCUUCAAUAUAA